AUGACCGGGACGGCGGCGCCCGUGCCCGGUGACCUGACCUGGUACGAGGGCGGGCAGGCCGGCCUCGAGCUGAAGCUGACCUUCCCGGCCGGCGGCGUGCCCUACCAGAACCUGCUCCUGGAGGCGGCCGGCGACCUGGACGUGACCGGCUGGGGCGCCAGGAUCUGCCGCGCCGAGGUCGUGUCCGCGGGCCCCGGCCUCCCCUGCAUCCAGGGCAGCAGGGGCGUCAUCAACGACGGAUUCGUGCUGCAGAAGGCGAAAGUCGACUCCUUCUUCAGCGAUGGCGUCGCCCUCGACAUGGGGCCCUCGUGCGGCACCUCGAGGACGGCCUCCGUGCCCGCCGACUACGAGGUCACCGUCAAGGUCUACUACGAGAUGCCCAUCGGACAGGCCCUGUUCUCAGCCGCCUCCACCUUCAACGUCAGCGCUGGCGUCAACAUGAAUAACGACCUCAUCUGGACCAGCUGGGAGGCCUUCACCCUGACGGCGCCGCCCUCUGCGUCGCCCACGCCCGCGUCCGUCAUCAGCCUCAAGCCUCCGUCGCCCACGGUGAUCGCCAACGGCCUGGUGGUCGGGCAGCCGCACCUGAUCGAGGUGUCCUUCAAAACGUUCCGACAAACGACAGGCUCCUACAGGAUCAAGGCCGAGGUGGCCAGCGGCUCCACGGCCAACAUGGCCAUCUGCAGAAUCCUCCUCCUGCACAUCGGCAGCAGCUACCCGUGCGUGGACCCCGAGCCGUACUUCAAGGAGGACGAGCCGUUCCAGCACACCAAGAUCACGCACAACCCGACCGACUGGGGCCUCAGCGCCAUCCUCGACCUCGGGGUCAUCACCAAUGUCGGAAGUGGCACCUCGUAUCCGGGCGCCAUCGCUGACGACGACGCCAUUGUGGUCGGCGUGAUGGUCAAGGGCGUCACCGACGGCACCUCGGAAACCAUCAACGUGAUCCUCGAGGACACCGGCGUCCUCGGCGCUCCUCUGCCGCAGGCCUUCACCAUCGGCUCCGCCCUCGUUCCUAACCUCAACGCCCUCGUGACCGUGGACGGCGCAGACGGGACGGCGGACGCCUUCGACGGGGUCAUGAAGCUGGUCGACUUCAAGAUCACGGCGCCCGCGGGCUACGCGCAGGAGGCCAAGUUCACCGUCAAGCACACGUCGGCGGACAUCAAGCUGUGCUUCGUCGCCGUCUACAAGGUCGGGAAGAACCUUCCGUGCCUCAUCCCUUCCCUCACGACGUCCACCUGGCUCCUGGACGAGGACGCCGCGCAGACCAUUGAGCUCAACCUGCUGCAGGUGUGCCACUACAAGAUCUCCGACAACGCCACGGAGGACGAGGUGAUCGUGCGGGCCGGAGUGCAGUUCAUCGCGACCGCCGACACCUCGGCCACCGUCUCGGGCUUCCUGACGGAGGGCGCGACGGCGGGCGCGGAGGUGCCCUUCGCCAUGUCGUUCUCCGUCUCCGCCGUCUACAACUACGGCAACGUGAGCAGCGUGGGCUUCAACCUCGAGCUUCUGGACAACAGCACCACGUGGGUGACGCCCGGACUCAGGCUCCCCGUCGGCGUCGCCUUCACCCUCCCGGCGGACAUCACCGUGCCCGUCGAGCUGGGCGUGAUGACCCCUUCCGACGGAGGGAGAGCGUACGCGACGGUCCACGGGUUCAGAUUCGUGAACGACACGGCCUACGGGAAGAACAUCGGCUGCCUGCUCCCCGCCGAGCACUACGACAUGCUCGUCACGCAGAACUCCUCGCUGAGCUCGCCCAUGAUCCACGCCUCGCAGACGGACACCAUGGUCGUCGACCUCAAGUACAUCACCAACACAGGCGUGACGCACAUGCACGGCACGGACGUGGUCCAGGACGACCAGAUCUGGAUCGAGGCGGACAUCCUGGUGGCCGACCACCCCAACGUCUCGACCAACGACGUCAUCUCCGUGACCUUCGCAAUCAAGGCCGGAGACCUCAUCUUCGUGAUCGACUGCCCGCUCACCGUCGACAAGACCGGCCCCUUCGCCCCAGAGAUCAUCACGGAGCUCUUCCUCACAGACGACCCGUCGCCCCCGCCGCUGGUCGAGGACCAGCAGGUGUCCCUGACGGCGCGCCUGAGCCACGAGAUGAACGUGUCCUCGGAGGAGGCCAACAACGCCAUCCUGCGCGUGUUCCUGCCCAAGUACGUGUCGUGGGUCAACCUCUCGGACACGUGGACGCCCAACAUCACCGGGAACCUCACCACCAACCACUACAUCGACUUCGAUUUCGACUACCUCUUCUUCACGGACAUCCUGGAGGUGAACUUCACGGUGACGAUCGACCCCGACAAGAUCCUGCCGAAGGGCCUGGGCCUCGUCAACGCCACCACCAUCCUCAGGCUCGCCUGCGAGACCAACUCGCUACCCGGGACCAUGAAGUACUGCGGGAACACCUCCUUCGUGCAGUACCAGAUCGACGGCUCCGACUGCAACAGCCCGCUCGGCCUCGACGCCAUGGACGUCUGCCAGCUGUCGGCGUCCACCGCCAUCGACGCCGCCGCGUCGGCCGACAAGGCCAAGCCGGGGGCAGUCGGAGCGUGGAGUCCGGCGGUGCGGACGGGGCCGGACUGGGAGCACUACAUCACGGUGGACUUCCUGCGCAAGACGCGGGUGACGGAGGUGCAGCUGGUGGCGGCGGCGGGCAUGAGGAAGGUCACCAAGUUCAAGAUGCAAUUCUCGCACAGCGGACACUUCUUCGUGGACGCGUGUCAGAUCGACAUCGCGGUCCCGGCCGACCUGCUGGCGAAGCUCCCUGGCGAGUGUCGUUUCGAGGCUCGCUACGCCCGCCUGGUGGUGCUAGAGGCCGACGGGGCCGAGGACGCGCCCAUCGGGGUCAAGUUCGAGAUGAACGGCUGCUACCUGGACGUCGCGGAGGACACGUGCAACGCGGCGCUACAGACGGUGUUGACGAACCAGGCGGUCGGGUGGCGCCACGUGGCCCUCGACACGGCGCUCAGCAUCCUCUACUUCUGCGACCUGAACCCCAAGAAGAAGGAGGUGCUGUGCUACUCUUCCGUCGACGGCGCCACCUGGAUCGCGCUGCCCUCCUACAUCGGCCACCUGGUGGGCUACGACGCCACGACGGCCAUGAUGUACGCGAUGGACAAGAAGAACCGCGCCAUGGUCAGCAGCGCCGACGGGGUCAACUGGGCCAUCGUGGACGACGCCCUGGCGGCCACCAUCCCCAGCGUCGUCACGCCCGCCGUCGCCGUGCCGGGCAAGGGCAAAGCGACCCUCACGCCGGUUGCCAUCGGCGGCUGGACAGCGGACUUCAACGGCCUCAUGUACGGCGGCGUCUACAAGGCGAAGUGGUCCAGCUGCUGCAGUUAGAAUCCGCAGAAGCAAAGCCAACGAACCUAAGGAAGCAGAGCGAACGACCAGCAGCGAAGCCACCCCCGCCCGCGCCGCCCGCAAGCCGCCCACCGCCCUUCUGGGGCGCCUGCGAUGAACACGAAACA